UGCUCGCCCUGCUAGUGACCCCGCCGCCCCGCUGCAUUAUGGGAUGGAGGAUCGGAGGAGGCGGCUCGGGAUCUGAUGGCGGCGGAUCCCAUCCAACUAAACUGGAGGCAGAUGACCUCUGCCAGCGGUCCGGUCCCUCAUUCCCGGCACGGGCAUCGCGCUGUGGCCAUCCGGGAGCUGAUGAUUGUCUUUGGAGGCGGAAACGAGGGCAUAGCGGAGGAGCUGCACGUCUAUAACACGGUUACAAAUCAGUGGUUCCUCCCAGCAGUGAGGGGAGAUAUUCCUCCAGGUUGUGCUGCUCAUGGAUUUGUCUGUGAUGGGACAAGGAUUCUGGUUUUUGGUGGAAUGGUGGAAUAUGGAAGAUACAGCAAUGAUCUAUUUGAAUUGCAGGCAAGUCGCUGGCUGUGGAGGAAAUUGAAGCCUCAACCUUCAUCUAAUGGAUCCCUGCCUUGUCCUCGAAUAGGGCACAGCUUUUCUCUCCAUGGUAAUAAAUGUUAUUUAUUUGGUGGCCUGGCCAACGAGAGUGAGGACACCAACAACAAUAUUCCCAGGUACCUAAACGAUUUUUAUGAACUUGAGUUGCGUCCAGGAAGUGGAGUGGUUGGCUGGAAUAUUCCACAGACCAAAGGAACUUCUCCAUGUCCACGAGAGUCCCACUCAGCUGUCAUAUACAGCAGAAAGGAUAAUCGGAAAGCUAAGCUUUACAUCUUUGGAGGAAUGUCUGGAUGUCGUCUUGACGACCUGUGGGAGCUCGACAUUGAAACUAUGACCUGGAAUAGUCCAGAAGCUAAAGGGGUAUCACCUUUACCUAGAAGCCUGCACACAGCUAAUGUGAUAGGGAAUAGAAUGUAUAUAUUUGGUGGCUGGGUUCCACAAAGUGAAAAUGGUGACAGCGCGUCUGCUCAAGAGAAUCAAUGGAAGUGCACUAACUCUUUUUACUACUUAGAUCUUGAAUCCAUGGAGUGGACCAUGUUGAUGGCAGACAGCUCAGAUGAGAAAGGUAACUGGCCAAGACCCAGAGCUGGACACUGUGCAGUCACAGUUGGAAAACGCCUGUACAUUUGGAGUGGAAGGGAUGGUUACAAAAAGGCAUGGAAUUACCAAGUGUGUUGCAAAGACCUUUGGUACAUUGACACAGAGAAGCCGUCGGCAUCUUCACAAGUUCAGCUAAUACUGGCUACCACAAACGCCUUUCAUGUAAAAUGGGAUGAACUGCCAACUGUUGAAAGAUAUCUUUUGCAGCUAAGCCCUGAAUUACCGGUGUCUCCAUGUUCUGGAAAACCUGCCCACCUCAGUGAACUUUCAACACAGAGUUCUUGCAUUUCGCCAUACGCAGCUCCAUUGCACUUACUUCAGAGUGGAAUUUCAUACCCGCAAAAUGUGGAAGAAAAUGCAGUUGGCCAAGUAUCUCCUGCGAGCUGCAUAUUUCCUCCUGAACAUAAAGUGGACACUUGUCACCAGAAUAGCAGCAGUGGACCAGUUAGCCAGAAUUCCACACCCAGCUCUGUAAAGUCCACUGCUACUGACCAUGGUGUUGUUGGAAUGAAGAUAACCUUAACAGAGAAACAAGCACUUUCCAGUGGGACUGUAGAAUUAAAUGGCAAAUUACAAGACUCAUCUGGGCCUAACACAGCAGUUACAGGCUCCACAUCGGCUUUACAUACAAGUGAGAAAGUGAUGUCCCAGUCAAAGAGCUCUCUAGCAAAUGGGCAGGUUACAGAAAAGUCUGCAGUAAAGAAUGGCCAGAGGAAGUGGUAUGAUGUUGGGAUCUUCCAAACCAAUAGUGCCGUUGUCAGUCACUUCUUUGUGCUUCCAGACGCGAACCAGGGCACUUCAAGCAAGGAUGCUGAUGCACCUUGUUACACUUUGUUAAAGAAACAUGGACUCAGUCCUGGGAGUGUGUACAGGUUUAGAGUUGCUGCAAUUAAUGGAUAUGGAAUUGGUUCUUUCAGUAAAAUUAGUGAGUUUAAGACUUGCAUUCCUGGAUUUCCUGGAGCUCCAUCAUCGGUAAAAGUCACUAAGAGUGCAGACUGUGUCCAUAUUUCAUGGGAAACCCCUUCUUCACCAACGGGAAACAUUUUAGAAUAUUCUGCCUUCUUAGCUAUACGCACUUCACUUCCUGAGGCUCAGAACCAGCUGGCAUUCAUGAAGAUUUACAGUGGUGUGAAGACAUCCUGCACUGUAACCUCUGCUCAGCUGGCAAACGCUCACGUUGACUGCAGCUCCCGACCUGCUGUUGUUUUCAGGAUUUCUGCAAAGAAUGAAAAGGGUUAUGGACCAGCUAUACAAGUGCGCUGGCUUCAAGCAGAGAAAACGUGAAAAGCCUUGUGGAAGCGCCUUGGCAAGAUUAAGCAGCAAAGUGCCACUUUCAAUGGAUGUUUUCCACUAAUGUAACUGAAAAG